GCCGAUCAAACUGAAUUCAAAUUAAGAAAGACAAAAAAAAAAAAUCGUAUAUAAUGGUGAAGGCGGUAGCGGUUGUUAUGUUAAUAUGGCUAACGGUGUUUACGACGGUAUGCCGGAGCGUAACCGACGUGGAGAAAGGCGUCGGAAACGUAAAAGAAAAGGUGGCGGAGAACGUGAAGAUGAAUGCUGAAAGUGCUGUCAAUGAAGCCAAGGAUAAAACCGGUAAUUGGGCUGAUUGGGCCAUGGCUAAAGUCGCUUCGGGUAUCGGUAUGGACCAGGAUGAGGUGAAAGAGGGCGCUCACAAGGCAGUGGAUAAAGCUGGUGAGGCUGCAUCGAAGAGCACAUCCACACUGAAUUCUGCAGCUUCAGAAUCUUCAAAAUAUGUGGCUGGUGAUGACAGCGAUGAUGUCAAGGUGAAAGCAUAUGAAGCAUAUAACUAUGUCUCUGAACUCGCACAGGAAGCCUUGAAGAAAGUUCAAACUAUGGCUGGUGUUGUGGAAGAACCAGCAUACGAGAACGGGAACUAUGCAUACGAUUAUGUAUCCGAGGGGGCUGGUAAAGCGAUGAAUAUGGGUUCAGAUAUGGCCCAAAAUGCCAAAGACAAGGCAUCUGAUGCAUAUGAGUAUGCCUCCGAGAAAGCAGAUCAAAAGAUACGAAUGCCCACAGAUAAAGGCUCUGAAAUCAAAGCAGGAAUGGAAGGCAUGAUGACGGAUGCUUAUGAUAAGGCUUCAGAGAAGGCUGGUGAAGCUAAGGAUCAAGCACAUGAAACCUAUGGUGAAGCUAAAGCUAAGGCUGGCGACGCAUAUGAGGCUGCAAAGGACUCGGUGAAUGAGCAGGCUAAGGAAACGUACGAGGCUGCUAAGGAAAAAGCAUCAGAUGCUGCAGGGAAUGUAGGAGAGGCAAUGAGAACAUAGAGAUUAUGAGGAUCCAACAUACAUGCUGACUCAACUCGAGGUUCCUUCCUCCAUUCUCUUUGUUAGUAUGAUACAUGUGUUAGAUUAUUGUAGCUUGUUUGUUCUACAAACUUACGUUAUAUGUAAUGUACGUUCCUGUUUGGAGUUGUAAUAAUACAUGCAUAUGAUAGAUAGUGUGGCACCGAAGGCGGGUUUGUAUUCUUUUUCCGCCCAAAGGAGCUCUUAUACUUUGUGUUUUUUGUUCUUAAAAUCAAGGUAUCAUUUGGAUUUCAAAAUGAACAACUGCUUCUAUCAUUUUCUAUAUAUAA